AUGUCCCAAGUUGAUAGUUUCCCUGAGUGGGUCACUCAGGGAGCAAGACAACUAUUGCAGUCCUCCACUGAUCCUUCCAAAGCCAAUAUAAUUGUGGCAAAAGAUGGCUCAGGCCAUUUCAAAACUCUGAGGGAAGGGGUGAAUGCCUCCCAUGCAGGAAACCAUAGUAACAAAUUUAUUAUAUACAUCAAAGAAGGGGUGUAUGAUGAGACUGUGAAGAUGUCAGGGGAGCGUUUCGACCACAUCAUGCUCCUAGGAGACGGAAUCCUAAAAACAAUAAUUACAGGCAACCGAAGUGUUGGCGGUGGAAUUGAGACCUUUAACACUUCCACCUUUGCUGUGGAGGCAUUUGGAUUUAUGGCCAAGGGAAUCACAUUCCGAAACACUGCCGGACCCGAAAAUUACCAGGCUUUGGCACUCGGUUGCUCUUCUCGUGAAGUAGUGCUCUACCAAUGCAGUUUUGAGGGCUACCAAGACACGUUGUAUUUAGGCGUUGGAAGACAGUUCAUCCGGGAAUGCGACAUAUAUGGUACCGUAGACUUUAUAUUUGGCUAUGGUACCACUGUAGUUCAAAAUAGUAAUAUAUAUGUAAGAAACCCCCCAAAAAAAGUAAAUGUCAUCACAGCCCAUCACGAGGAGAAACCAUAUAGUCCGGGGGGCUUUUCAUUUCAAAACUGUACCAUCAGGGCGGCACGCGAGCUGGUGGGUUCCCUAGAUACGGUUAAAACGUAUCUAGGAAGACCUUGGGGGAGAUAUGCCAUCACCGUGUUCAUGGAGUGUUAUAUGGAUGCACUGAUAGAUCCUGCGGGGUGGACGCCAUGGGACAACACUAAUCAAGGCUUAGAUACGUUGUAUUACGGUGAAUAUGAGAAUACUGGACCCGGAGCUCAAACGGCGAAUCGAGUGAGGUGGCCGGGAUAUCACGCCAUCACCAGCCCGGGAGAGGCAGCAAAAUUUACAGUGGACAAUUUCAUUCAUGGAAAUGAAUGGCUUCCAGAAUUGAAUGAACGCAGUGCUUUCCGCCAUGAGGGAGAUGCCGGUGGUGGGCGGGAGUGGGCUGUUCCGGUAAUGCGAGCGGGGGCGGAGGAGGAGGAAGAUAUCUUGACUUUGUUUGCAAGUGCCUUCCAUGCUCUUCAACCACUUCAAGUGCCAGGGUUCAGAAAAGGCACUUGUGUUUGUUACUUUUUAUCCAAGGAGUAG